UUUUUCUGACUUGUCAUCCACCCGAGAUUGCCGAGCAUACUUUGCUUUCCCUUUUCUGUUCGGUGUUCCAUGAAUUUGGAUUGAAAAAUGAAGCUUAACGUAUCUUUCCCGGCAACAGGAUGCCAAAAGUUAUUCGAAGUUGUGGAUGAACACAAGCUUCGUGUGUUUUAUGAGAAGCGUAUGGGACAAAUUGUCGAAGCUGAUGUUCUCGGUGAUGAGUGGAAAGGAUAUCAUCUUCGUAUCGCCGGUGGUAACGAUAAACAAGGUUUUCCUAUGAAACAAGGAGUGCUUUCGCAUGGUCGUGUUCGUCUUCUAUUGAAGAAGGGUCAUUCCUGUUACAGACCUCGCCGUACUGGUGAAAGGAAAAGGAAAUCAGUCCGUGGUUGCAUUGUAGACGCAAACAUGUCGGUUUUGGCUCUUGUCAUUGUUAAAAAAGGUGAACAAGAACUACCUGGACUGACUGACACAACUGUUCCUAGACGACUUGGUCCAAAACGUGCCAGCAAGAUCCGGAAACUUUAUAAUUUAACCAAGGAUGAUGAUGUUCGUCGCUUUGUGGUUCGUCGCCCUUUGCCCGCCAAGGAUAAUAAAAAAGCUACAUCUAAAGCACCAAAAAUUCAGCGUUUGGUUACUCCAGUGGUGCUUCAAAGGAAACGUAGACGCACUGCUUUGAAGAAGAAACGUCAAGCCGCCUCCAAAGAAGCCGCAGCUGAUUAUGCUAAAUUGUUAGCACAACGUAAGAAGGAAUCUAAGGCUAAGCGCGACGAAGCUAAGAGACGUCGUUCUGCUUCCUUAAGAGAAUCAAAGAGCUCGAUUUCGAGUGACAAAAAGUAAAUAAUUUUUACUCACUUCUGUAAUAAAGGUUAAACUAUAUUAACUUGGAAAA